CAUCGCUUAGAUCGUCAUUUAUUCAAUACAACAAACAUUCGGCAAGCGUGUUUCGUCGAAAACAUAGUCAUCACUAUCAACAUCAGCGUGGAGGAAAUAGUUCAUACUAUUGUUUGCUUCAUCCUAUCUUUAUCGGGUAACCCCUAUCGAAAUAAGCUCUUUGGCCCCCUUCAUGGUGGGAGGAGUGUCCGAUCGAUAGACUGAGCUUGUUAGAACUCACAGAGGACGAUUGAUUUUCCAGCCCCAGCCAUGGAGACUUCACAACAGGAGGCGAUAGGACAAGUGAUAGAAUUCACAGGUCUCGACCCUGUGGACGAUCGUGAGCUGGUUAUUCAAGCUCUGAAGCAAAGUAACUGGAAACCCGACUCUGUUGUCAGCCAAUACUACGAAAACCAGGAUGGCUUUCGAGCAAAAUAUAAACAGCUUUGGGACGAUUCUAUGUUCACCGCAGAUCGAGACGGUAGCGACAAUACGACUGGUAUCUCCUUCCAUGUCGAGUCUUCCGAUCACAACAUCAUUCAGGGCGUCACUCCCCCGUCAGAGUCACACGCGUACGGCGCUCCUUCGAGACCUCCUUCACGAUCAAACAAUCGAUCUCCCUUGGGUACGAUGGUGGACUGGACUGCGGCACAUGUGCCCGGUAACUCUCUUGGUCACCACCAUGAAUAUGCGCUGACCAGGACACAUACAGGCGUCCCAGAGAGCCAAGCCCAAGAGGAUGAUGACAUGCAACGAGCUAUUCGUGCGUCAGCACAAGAAGCUGGACUACCGGUGUCACAUCACGAGUCCGGUAUUAUAGGAACUUCGGAGCCACCGCCUCCGCAUUUUGGUCCUGCAAACCGCGAAACAUAUGUGGCGGCCGAUUGGGCCAUUGUCCAGUCUGAUCCUAUGAAGGAGAGCUCCGUGAAUGAAUUUACACCGUCAAAGCGAAAGAGAGCUCCAGGCGCGCCCGCGAUGUUGGUAAUCAGCAGUGCGCAAGGUGGCGAACACCGCCUCGGCGGGCUUCUCACAAUUCUGCAUGAAAUUCCUCUUGCACGGAACAUACUCCUCGGCAUUGGAUCGCCUGCUACCACAUACGGCUGUAAUAAUGACUGGUGGCGAGGACAGAUCAUUCUAUCACCGGAGGUUUUGGCAAAGAUGGCUGAAGAAGGCAGCUCAGACCCCAGUGUGCACAAGAGCGGCAGUGCAUUUGAGGACGAAGUACACCGAUUGAUGGCAUUUCUUGACUCUACCGAGCGUGGUUAUGGCUCGAUAUCUGUUCUGGCAGAUAUUUUGGCGGAUUCCGACAAGCAGGGCAUGGAGAAACAAUUCUAUGAGAUGCUCGGCAAAAGAUACCCUGAUGUUGCUCAGCCAAUGAUGCAAGUUGCUGGAGUGUCGAUGUUCUACGGAGAUGAUGAAGAAGAAGUCGCAAGCUUUGGCCUUCUCGAGAUAGAGCACUUCCAACAUGAGUACAGCUACAUCAAAACUCUGUACGAGGCACUUGACCACGUCAUGUGGAGUGAUACCGUGGGUUUGGAUAAAAUACACGAUGGAUCGAAGAUGGCAUUUUUCAAAAAGAUGGGCGAUGUUUUAGUGCUAGACACCACUGGUGACGGGCCAAGCGAUUCGUUCGAGAUUCCCUUGGAAUUCUACCCAGAAAGAUACCUCAUGAACCGGAAAGACGAGGCACGUCGGAUCCAGCACGGGUGGUGCCAAACAAAGGAACAAACGAAACGUAUUCUGGACAAGAAAGAACAGCUUGUUAGCUUAGCGGGCACUUGGGGUGACGCAACUAAUGACAAGGGUGCAGUUUUGAAAAAAGCGAUCGAUCAGUGGGAGGGAUACAGGAGUUAUCUGGAAAGCUUCCUCCGAUUCAAGACUUUGGAGAAGUCGGGAUUCGAUAUUGAUAAGUACCCUGACUACCGCACUGCUCCUCCAGAUGUGGACGACAACGUGUAUCUGGAAUCUCAGAAGGUCACAGAUGUGAUCGACUAUUCUGAGAGUUUGCUUGUGGACUUUGAGACAAAAAUGAAAGGCCUUGAUGUAGAACUCGAACAGAUCACAGCCAAACAGCGAGCGUUGGGGAGACUCCUUACAGUACCGGAUAAGCCAAGUCGUCCGAAACCCAUGUCCUGCAAAAGGUAUCUCCUCCGCGGAUUAGUUGCAUCACCCAGCGUCUUAUAUGUCUGCCAACGGGAGGAAGCAGAUCUCAUAGACCUUAGUGACGUGGAGACCAAACCAAGGGAUCAAUGGUGGAGGCUGGCUUAUACCCCUUAUGGAGACCAGGCCGUUAGAGCGGAGAAAACAACUAUCGACAUAGUAUUGGUCGAUAUCUGGAAGGAUACCAAGAAACCACUGCUGGUAUAUGCAACGGAAGACGCCCUUGGAACGCCGAAAGACCAUCUAUCAUCCCAACUGGAACGAUUCAUCAAGGUGGAAAAUAAAGCUUUCCGUCAAGAGUUAUCUAAGGAAGAAUCCACAGCCAAUGAGUCCAAGCAGACGGGAAACUUUGAAUCCAGCUCGUCUCUUUCGCCUCAUUCGUCCUUCUCGCCUUCUAAGAGAAAGCAUCGGUCUGACAGCGGUGGUUCAAUGGACAGUAAUCGCGCCUCAAUCGGCAGUGACGAUGAUAGGAACGGAUUUGACAACCCUUUCCUCCCUGAUGACGACGAAAGAGUUGGUACUGAAAUGACGGAUUACGUCCAUAGUUUCACUGAUAUGGAAGGCCACAUCCCAGAUUCACUAACAGGCCGUACUCAAGAUUCAACAGCUCCGACAGAGCCGACAUCAGCUACCAUGACACCGAGCACAGUAACAGCCGACUACUUAGACACCAACACUGCGUUUGCUGCGGAGGAGCCUCGAAGCCCGGAGAUGCAAGAGAAGGCUAGGCCGCCUCCUUUUAUGUCAUUGUCCAGGAACUCGUCUAUGCGAGCGGAGCCAACCAAUUUGAUGGACAUGGACAUCCCAGAUGAGAAAUCUUAGGUGGCUCCGAGAGAUAAAAGUUCACGAAUACCGACGCUUGCUUGUAAGAUGUUACAUUCUUCUUUUUUUGUUCUGCAGGUGAAGAGGGCGUGCCAUUCGAUGAAGGGGUCGCUGGCUUACAUAGCAUGAUUAUUAGAAUAGCAUUUGAGCGCAUGGAGUUUUGGGUUUUGCUCAUGUAGCCUAGUCAGGACAUGGUAGAGCAUGCCGUCGAGCGGGUUCUUUAUCAAUAUCAGCACUAAAGAUGUCUUGUACGAGUGUCCGCUUUCUCUCCAACUAAGUAGGACAAGUACGGAAUACUAUCGACAGAUGUUCCUCACUAUGGCACCAAGCGAAUCUUUGUAAGUUGUAUAUUCUGUCUAUAGAAAGCACGCCUGAUA